UGACCCGGAAGUUGUUCUUCUGGUGGCUCGCGUAUCCGAGCUUCGGGACCUUCGGUAGCCUCGGCAGCUUCUUGAGCUUCGAAAGUUUGGGGUCAGUGCUGCCAAGAUGACUAAAGUAAAGAGGGAAGUUGAGGAGUCCGAGGCAGCGCCGGAGACUUCCGCGGGACCUGAGCGCACGUACGAGGAGAUGCUGGCGAACCUGAACCCAAUUGCGCAGCCCCUGGCGUCCCGCCGCUUAACGCGGAAGCUGUACAAAUGCAUCAAGAAAGCCGUGAAGCAGAAGCAGAUUCGGCGAGGCGUGAAGGAAGUUCAGAAAUUCCUUAACAAAGGAGAGAAGGGCAUUAUGGUUUUGGCUGGGGACACACUACCCAUUGAGGUAUACUGCCAUCUACCCAUCAUGUGUGAGGAUUUGAGCAUGCCUUAUGCCUAUGUUCCCUCAAAAACGGAUCUGGGAGCAGCUGCUGGCUCUAAGCGCCCAACUUGUGUGAUCAUGAUUAAGCCACAUGAGGACUACCAAGCUACAUAUGAUGAUUGCCUGGAGGAAGUAGAGUCUCUUCCUGUCCCCUUGUAAAGAACAGUAAUGUGAUAUUCAUGAUUAUUUAAAAGAUCCUUUUUUGACUUGGCAAAAUACAUUUAUGCCUUCAAGGGGCAGGUGACCCUCCAGCAUCUCCCCACUAGCAUUUCCCAGACAUUUUUUUUACAUUACCUCAAAUAGCAAUUUCAUGAAACUUUGGACCAGUGGUAUCAUGAUUGUCAAGGCUAUUUGCCACUAAGCAGUUGAAAUAAAGUUUUUAAAAAGUAA